AUGGGCAACAAACAGAUGGUCUUCACCUCGCAGCAGCUGGAGGAGUUCCAGGACUGCACCUUCUUCACCAGGAAGGAGAUCAUGAGACUCUUCUACCGCUACCAGGACCUGGCCCCGCAGCUGGUCCCGCUGGAUUACACCAACAGCCCAGAUGUCAAGGUGCCCUACGAGCUCAUUAGCACCAUGCCUGAGCUCAAGGACAACCCCUUCCGCCAGAGGAUCGCCCAGGUCUUCUCGGAGGACGGGGACGGCCACAUGACCUUGAACAACUUCCUGGAUAUGUUUUCUGUGAUGAGUGAGAUGGCCCCGCGUGACCUCAAGGCGUACUACGCUUUUAAGAUCUACGACUUCAACAAUGACGACUACAUCUGUGCCUGGGACCUGGAGCAGACGGUGACCAGGCUGACCCGGGGUGAGCUGAGCGCAGAGGAGGUGAGCCUGGUGUGUGAGAAGGUGCUGGACGAGGCCGACGGGGACCAGGACGGGCGACUCUCCCUGGACGACUUCCAGAACAUGAUGUUACGGGCACCUGACUUCCUCAGCACCUUCCACAUCCGCAUCUGA